AUGGCUGACACAGCGAAACCACCCCAUGUCCUCAUCGUAGGCGCAGGAAUUGUGGGCCUCCUUAUAGCACAGGGUCUGAAAAAGCACGGCAUCUCUUUUGAAGUCUUUGAAGCCGAAGUAUCGGAAACACAUUAUCGCCCCCGAGAAUGGGGUUGCUCCGUCCAAUGGGGCCUUCCGAUGCUUCAGGACCUCUUUACCGCUGAGAAGUACAACCGCAUUCACACAGCCACGGUAGACCCAUAUCACGUACCUGCAGACCCUGGUCAUCUGCCCACCUUCAACGGUGCUACUGGGGAGCUCCUCAAGAACGUGCCCUUGUUGCGCAUGUAUCGAAUUUCCCGGCGCAGGUUUCGUGCCUUUUGUGCAGAGGACAUCAAAGUACAGUACAACAAGAAGCUAAAAGAUGUCAGCUACUCUGAUGAUGGUACCUCAGUAACAGCUUUGUUUGAGGACGACUCACAGGCGACCGGCACCCUCAUCAUCGGCUCUGAUGGUGCCCAGUCGCAAGUUCGUUACUCUGUCUUCGGUAGUGAUGGUGGCCAGCCCCAACGCGUGCCUUUCUCUGCAGUCAAUCUGCACGUCUGCUACAACGAUGCCGAAAAGGCACUCUUCGUGAGGCAACACCAUCCUAUAAUGCAGAUGGGCAUUCAUCCCGACGGCUAUUGGCUUUGGAUAUCCAUCCAAGAAGUACCUGACCCCGAGAAUCCUGCCACGUGGGUCUUUCAGCUGCAAUCGACGUGGAACGCUGUCGAGGGCGAGGAGGUCGCAAGCCUGGAGAACCUGAAGCGAAGAGCAGCCACCUACGGGGAGCCUUUCCGCUCGGCAAAUCUGUGGAUCCCAGAAGGGACCCCCAUCUAUGAGAACAAGCUAAGCUACUGGGUACCGACCCCAUGGGACACUCAGAACGGGCGUGUCCUCCUCGCUGGCGACGCGGCACAUCCUAUGACAUUUCAGCGUGGCCAGGGACUCAAUCACGGCAUUGCAGAUGCCAGAAGCUUCGUGGCGAAGCUGAAGGAGGCUGUUGAUGGAAAGAUGACUGUAGAACAGGCGGCAGCCGAGUAUCAGGAGGAGAUGGUCGAGCGAGCGGGGGACGAGGUCAAGACAAGUAAGGAGAACACCGAGAUGCUGCACGACUGGGCACGCAUGGCCGAUAGUCCCAUCAUGCAGCGAGGUGGCUAUGCCAAGGGACAAGAGCAGACUCCGGCACCACCCGUCGGGGCCAAGGCAUGA